GAGGCAGAGUAGGGCGGGUCAUGAGUUCACCAACCUAGCAAAAUUUGGCCACCCAGGAGCUACGUUCACAAUCACAAACACUAAAUAAUUUGUACCGUAUUUGAACGUAGUUAGUUAAUUUUCGCGGAAUUCCGAUUCAAUGAUUCAGUUAACUUUAUUGUACAUUCGUCAAGCUGAUGCAAAUAUUUAACUCAUCGCACGACUGAUUUACAACUGUUUACAAAGAGAGUCCCGGUUGUAAAUACGAUUUUAACUAAGGAUGGCUUCUCGCGGGAAAUCAGAAACUGGAAAACUGAGGCAAAAUAUGGAAGAGCAACUUGACAGACUGAUGCAGCAGCUUCAGGACCUGGAGGAAUGCAGAGAAGAACUGGAUGAGGAAGAGUAUGAGGAGACCAAAAAGGAAACCUUGGAACAGUUGAGUGAAUUCAAUGACUCCCUGAAGAAGAUCAUGACAGGAAACAUGACACUUGUGGAUGAACUCAGUGGAAUGCAGCUGGCAAUCCAGGCUGCCAUCAGCCAAGCAUUCAAAACCCCAGAGGUGAUCCGACUUUUUGCUAAGAAGCAGCCAGGACAGCUGAGAACCAGACUAGCAGAGAUGGACCGAGAUGUCAUGGUGGGGAAACUGUCACGGGAUGUGUACACGCAGCAGAAAAUGGAAAUCCUCACAGCCUUGAGAAAACUUGGAGAGAAGCUCACUUCGGAGGAUGAGACUUUUCUCACUGAAAAUGCUACAGCUACUCUGAGCCAGUUUGAAAAAGUGACUGCAAACUUAGGCUCUGAAGACAAAAUUAUGGCUUUAGCUAGCUCUGGUGUGAAAACCAAGGCAUAGUGAUUUUACACAAUGUACAUUUUAACUCUGUGUCUUUAUUACCAAGAAAGAAAUGUGCCAAUUGAUCACUGAUUUUUUUUUUUUUUUUUUUUUUUUUUUAAAUAAUCAGUGCACUUCUUGGCAUUGCUGUCGAUGCUAACACUUUUUAACAGUAUUGUUUUAUACCAGUCAACUUUUGUAAAUGUCUUUAUUUGUCUAGAUAGGUGUAAAAAUGUAUUAUAGGUACGAGCAUGUGAUUUGUUAAAUAUAAAGACCUGAAUGUGAAAAAUAGUUAAGGCAGUUAAGAGAAAUAUUGUGUUGUGAUUUGUGCUGUAUAUCUUAUUGGGUUGCUGUGUCUACCUGGCUUAAAACCUGAAAAUUCAACAUUGUUGUUUUUAAGAUGCAGUAUGCAUCCAGUAUGACUUGACAGUAUGCAGCAGUGUCAGCUCAAACAUAUCUGACAAUCACCUCUUUCAUUGUGGGUUUUCAAAGAAAUCAAACAAUAUAUACAUCCAAAUAGUCAGUACCUAAAUCACAGGAAUGUCAGCCACAAAGGGUUUAUAAUUGUUGAAUGACUCAAAAAUAAUUAACACAUGUAAAAUAUAUUAUUUACAAAGAGGGACAGCAGUAACAAGUCACUGCUCUCUGACAGGAAUAGAUGGAAACAUGGCAGAAUAGUUACUAACCACAACUGUGGCCUCUCCUUCAGAUUUAAAUCUGUCUCAACAAAAUAUACUCUUUAUUAGCCUCCUAAAGCUUAUCAUCAUAAGCUGACAGCCAUUUGGAAACCACAUUUAUCCAGUGCAGAUGUAGUAUCAAGAUGCAUAACUAGGUGAAAUGAGCACCAAUCUGGACCAGAAAAAUAUGAUCUGAUGAGUUUUUGACCAGUUUGUCUGCAAUGUGAUUAGAAAUCCACUGGAUGGAUUAGUUGCCAUCUGUUUAACAUUGCGGAGGGCCUUGUGUUGGUUUCCGCAGUCAUCUCAUGAGAGUGAUUCAUGUUCGAUUAACAGUCUGUGUGGACGUUUAACAGCUAAGCAACAUGAGGUCACUUGACAGUACCACAUGCAGCGUGCGCUGUUGUUCAUGGUGUCCUCAGUCUGCAAAAUGAUAAAGGCCCCCAGGGUUACAAACCAAAAAAGAUGAACAGGAUGAAAUAAAAACAACUUCCAACACAUCUUCAAUCACAAAACAUACGAGUCAUUGACUUUGAUUCUGGAUAUUUAUGUUUCCAUUAUUUUGUCCACCUUCUAUAUAUUCAUUGAUUAUCAAGCAUUUCAAAUGGUUUCAUUUGACAACUGUAGUUAUAAAUUUGCUGUAUUCAAGUUCAAUAUUGCAUUAUAUUUCAUCUUCAAGUUUGACUAGUUGAAACUAUUUAGAACUUAAUGUCACAAUGUUUACAGCAUCAAUUAAUUUGAAGCCAUGGUUCUUUGAAUGUGAGCAAUAAAAAAAAAAUCAAUGGUC